AUGCCAGAGAGGGCGAACGAUGAUGGAUUGGACGCUACUUGGGACAACCGACACGGAGCACGGAUGGAUGGCACUCCCCGGAAAAAAACCGGGGACGCAUUUCGCACAAUUACACUGCGAAUUAUUAAACUAAACAACGAUGAUGACGACGAUCGCGGCGAUGAUGACGAAGAAACCAAUGAUAACGCUGACGAAGCCCUGUAUCAGAGAUACUGUUAA